AUGGAUCCCCUACGCCGGAAGCCUAAAAAGGUAUACGAUGCUUGCGCUGGUCGUAUCAGGAAUACCGUGCAGGACAAAACAUACGCUAUGAUCCAUGAUGAUAUGAAGCAACCAGUCGGCCCCGAUGACGUGCUGCUGGAGGUUCCUAAUAUCGAUUAUGUUCCUGUUAUCGAGAGCAGUGAUCUGCCAAACUCCGAUCUUAUGACGGCCAUACACUACUACGCUUCCGAGUAUUAUCGUAAAACCGGGAACGAAGAAAUGUACGAAAGUCUAGAUGGCACAGCAUUAAUUGCUAUAGCAGUUGCUCUCGAGGAAUCAAUAAAGGAGCGUCUUGGUGAAACCGGCCAUUUGCAGUGGGCUGAAGACGAAAACGAAAACCAGUCAAUGGACGAUUUGCCGCUCGCCGAAAGCUCGUCUGAAGAACAAGUCGAGGAAGAAGCCCAGUCAAGCAGCAGCGAAGACUAG